AUGGCAAUGAAAAAGGCGUGCGUGGAUGCGCCCAAAAGGAGCCGGAGUCCGGUCGUGUUGGAGGCGGAGAUGUUCAGUGAAUUUCAGGACUGGUGUCUCCGGACUUAUGGAGACUCCGGUAAAACAAAGACCGUCACCCGGCGAAAAUAUAACAAGAUCAUGCAGACACUGUUGCAGAACGAGGAGUCGGAUGGCGUGUAUAUCGACAACAGCCACAUCAACGCCAAAUUCAAAUUUUGGGUGAAGUCUAAAGGAUUUCAGGUCGGGACCAACGUGUUGGGAGAGCACAUCAAGAAGGGAGCUCCGGGGAAACCAGUUCUAUAUGUCCCAGUCAAGACAACGUGCUCGGAUGGGAAUUCGGCCCAAGACAACUCCUCCCUGAAACGUGUAGCUGUGGUGGAAGACUUCUUCGACAUCAUCUAUGCCAUGCAUGUGGAGAUGGGCGCCGACCCGGGAAGAGCACCCAAACAUGCAGGCCAAAAGAAGACCUACAAAGCGAUAGCAGAGACCUACGCCUUCCUGCCCAGAGAGGCGGUGACUCGGUUCCUAAUGAGCUGUGGAGAGUGUCAGAAGAGGAUGCACAUCAACCCGAGCACUGCGGAGUUCAAAGAAAAUGACAGACCCACCUCGCUGGUCCCGGACCUUAUUGAUUACAACAUGCCUCUCACUGCCACCUACCUGAAACAAAUGAAGCUGCAGUGCAUGACAGCCACUGAAAGGGAUGACAGUUCGGUGAGCAGCGAGGACAUGAACGGCGUUGAGCCGACCUGGGUCGCAGCUGAGCCGCCACCAGUGCGUGAGCCCAGUCCACCAAACGGAGAGAGAGUCAGCAACCCAGCAGCCCCCAUUAAAGAAGAGGAUGAUGACGUCUCCUCGGAGAGCGGCAGUGCCAACGGGCUGCCGGCCCUGACCUCCCCUGAGGCGCUGGCUGUGGGUGGGAACCCCCCAGAUGGUGUGGCCCCUUACGGGGAGGUGACGGAGAACGGGCUGAGCGCUCCCCUGGACUUCAGCACCACCUCGCCCUCGUCCACCUCUGAGGAUCAGCAGCCGGUCAAUCUGAGCGACAGACUGCUGCCGGCGGGGAGCUCGUCACCAAACUCUUACCCCGCAGAACCCAACAGGAAGUACCCCAUCAAAACAGAGUACAACAACAAGUCCCCUCCUUACAGCUCAGGGAGCUAUGACUCUGUGAAAACUGAACUGAGCAUGAGCGCUGAGGACUUGACCUCCGGUCGGGCGCAGAUAAUCGACGACGACGAUGACGAUCACGACGACCACGACGACAGUGACAAGAUCAAUGACGCUGAGGGCAUGGACCCUGAGAGACUCAAAGCCUUCAAUAUGUUUGUGCGUCUGUUCGUGGAUGAGAAUCUGGACCGCAUGGUGCCCAUCUCCAAACAGCCCAAGGAGAAGAUCCAAGCCAUCAUCGAGUCCUGUAGCCGCCAGUUCCCGGAGUUUCAGGAGCGCUCCCGCAAGCGCAUCCGCACCUACCUCAAAUCAUGCCGCCGUAUGAAAAAGGGUGGUUUUGAGAUACGACCAACACCUCCUCACCUCACCUCUGCCAUGGCUGAGAACAUCCUCGCUGCCGCCUGUGAGAACGAAACCCGAAACGCUGCAAAGAGGAUGCGGCUCGAUGUCUACCCAGCGGUAAAUGAUGAACCGGAUUCUGUUGACAAGACCAACUCAAGGGACCCGGCGUCUGUGGCCCCGUCAGGGUUCACCAUCUCCAGCGCAGCUUUUGCCCAAGACCAGCUCUACACCAACGGAGGCCUCAACUACAACCUGCGGGGAUACGGGACAGUCGGCAGCAACCAGCAGAACUCUGGUGCUGCACACACCAACGGUCCCACAGAUCUGAGUAUGAAGUCAGUCGGCCCAAACUCCACCACCUCCAGCUCCAACAGUCACGGUCAGGGAGGCGGCGGCGGCGGCGCUUCGGCUCAGCUCAGCCCCCCGGAGGUCACGGCGGUGAGGCAGCUCAUCGCAGGUUACCGGGAGUCCGCCGCCUUCCUGCUCCGCUCAGCGGACGAGCUGGAGAAUCUGAUCCUGCAGCAGAACUGAGUCCGAGCCAAACCUUCUCGCAGCCUGUCCAUCUCUGUCGCCCUCGGUCACACAUCUCUGGGCGGACAUUCAUACAAAGACACAAAUGCACACGAGUGAUACUGCAGCGCACAGUGGGUCCUGUAGGUACAGUACCUUUACUUAUUCCCCACGUGUUUAUGUGUUUGGACGGGCCAGAACAUAUCACAGGCUGACAAAUGUUUAUUUAUGCAUUUGGUUCACUUUGACCUUAGUGCCCUGUUAUUUGUAGCCAUUCAUCCCAUUCAGUUCAUUUUAACCCUUCAACCUUCAUUCGUCUCAGGAAGCGAUGAUCUAUGUGAAAGCGUUAUCUUCAUUGGUGCACAGGGGAGAACCAGAACCUUAAGUGAGCUGUGACCAUGAUGCCACAUUGGCUCGUUUAUGCAGAUGUUUGGACAAAUUAAUAGUUGAAUGGUAGCGAUUUAGUAUCAUAUCCUUGUUUCUAUUUUUACACCAACCUAAAAAUAUGCUGUACAGUGGCAUGAUCCGAUCGGGUCGUCUGAAUCAAGUCAUUUCUAAACGAUAAUUCUCUCCAAAUUCACUUCUGUUUCAUGGAAAGUUUGGAGUAUUGCAUUCUGAAAGUCUGCAGAUGAAUCGCUGCUAAUUCCACUGACCUCAACUGCUACAGAAGGAUGUGCUGACUUAAAUAUACGCAAAAAAAAACAGGACAGUGUUUGAUAGUUUUCACCUGAAAAGUUUGACCGCCAGAUCCGUCAAAGCUAUACCUCGGUCCUGCUCUGCUGGAGUGGUUUACAGAAUCGUAGACAUGUGGUUACUAAGAGAGAAAAGACUCAUUACCCAACUUUAUUUUAAUUAUUUUAUGAUGAAUAUUUCUUUCACGGGCAACUUCUCAUUACUUAAAAAACGAAAGGAGGCUUUUACAAAGCCUGGGUAUGCAAAUUGAGGUCAGAGACACCUGUCAGGGAAAAAAAGGAGAUUAAUAUAUUGUUUAGACUCUUGGUUUAUAACCAGUGCUACUGGAACAGAGGAAAACGGUGCAAUAUUGAAGAUAAUCAGUAAUGGUGUGCUUACUGAAAUGACUCAGACUUGCAAAAGCGUUUUAAGGCAAAAAGACGGAGUACUUUACAACAAUCUCUUCUCGCUGUAACUGUCAAGUUGUAAAAAAAAAAAACAAAGAAGAAAAAAAAAGAAACGAUAUCCCAUGCAGCAUUGUAGCCAAUUUCAAUGUUGUUUGUUGUGAAUACCGAUCUUUGAUCGCGAACCUCAUAACUGAGGCACUUUCAUGUAUUGGGAUCAGUCAGCCGUCGUGGUAAACAGAAAUGGGACCUGGCAGAAAAAUGAGACUUAAUGUUGCACGUCUUCUUUUUCUUUUCUUUUUUUUUUACUUUCAAGUGAUUUUUGGGGUCUUUUCGUGAAGGAAUUGUCCUGUGAGUAUUUUGUAAGUUAAAAAGGAGCAUAUUGAGCUCACAUGCAUCGGUGUAACCCCUAACAUCCAUGUGGCUUUACUGGAUGUGGUGUGAGUGUGUGUGGGCUGUAUCAUUCCGUCUGACCUCAGCUGUGUCAAACCCUCUCGCUCAUCUCCAUCAUAGAUAUCAUGUCUGAAAACACACUGUCUGAAAAGAAGCAAGAGACAAUCUUUGAGAAUGAUGUAAUCGCAUCACAGUUUACUCUCCCAGCUUUCUGCAAGUGUGUGUGUGCGUGUGUGUGUGUGUGUGUGCGUGUGUGUGUGUGUGUGUUGGUGGUCUGAGUGCACACAAGAGUACUCAAAGCAGAUCUAGAGCACAGUCUCACAACAGACACUUUUAAUGGCGAGUCACUCGGCACAAAAAACAUGUUGUUUAAGUGUGUGUGUGUGUUUUUAUUCCCUUUUUUAUGUUGGUGUAAGUGUUGGUAUUGACAGUAUGUUUAUGGUUUUCUGCUUGUGUAUAAGUGGAGUGACCCAGUUUGUACCACAUCAAUCUGUGAAGAUUUAAUUCAGUCGGCUGAAACAUUCCAAACAAGGACAAUGACUCUUCAAGCGGCCGAAAAGUGGCUCGCACCUUAUUGAUUAGUCAAAGUUUAGAGAGAUAUAUUUCUGUAUUUAUCACAAAUCUUAUCAAAUUUAUCAGUAAUUUAUCAUGAAUCAGUCUAUUUCUCACCACCACCAGGCUGGUCUAGAGUUGGAUUCACAUCCUAAAUGACCAUUUCACAUUUUUAUUCCCAUUGUCAUGAUUGGGAUUGCAUUACAUUUAAAUUAUUUUAAACUAUUGCAAGUUUGGAAGCACUUUAAAGCUCAGGAUUAAGGUAACAGUGAUUUGAGUGUGUCUUUACCUCAUUUGGAUUAUCAGCUUCAGUUCAAACAUAUUAGGAACUGAUUAUGACAACGGACCGAAGCAGCGCUCAUGCUUUAUAGAUGAAAAAAAGCAUACAGCUCCUUUUUUGAAAACCUCGUUGGAGCUCAGUUUGAACUCAUUGCAGAGGGGUGUUUAAUAAAGGAGACUCAGAAAAGCCAAGUUUAUUGUCAAAAGUCCGUCUCAAAUUCGUCUAUCAACUGGAGCAUAAUAAUGGUUUGGAGCUGAAUCUGUUUCAUCUCAUGAGGAGUGGCUCGUAGAGAUGAACCUACAGAUAAUUAUCGCCUGUAUCUGCAGCUCCCCUCGACAUUACAGAACUUUAAAGUGGGUUUUGGCACAUUGUUUAGGUGUCCUGGCUGCCCACUGCCACUGUGCACUACCUGCUCAGCACAAAACAGCAGACAGACACAGUCAGCGACUAGCCGGUGAACACAGUCGAGCAAUUAGCAGCUGAAGAGAGACUCCCUCAGCAGAUGGUGGGGACCAAAAACGGAGCUAAAACAGAAUAUUACAGGGAGACAGAAACAGCACCCCAAAUUAAUAAUAACGUUGUUUCGUAUCAGCUUAAUGUUUAAAUAAGCAACUGUUUUGAUAACACGUUCACCGCAUCAACUUAAAAAAAGUGAUGAUAUGAUCUGUGUUUGCAGUGUUAAGCUAUCAGUUGGAUUGUGUUUCUUGGUUUGUACAAGUGACACAACAGCUUUAAUUGAGUUGCAUUUAAAAGCACAUUCGUCCACUUGAAUCCGGUGAAGGAUGACAGAUUCAUUGUAAAACACAGUUUACGCCUGAAAGCUAACCCGACACAAACCGGGGCUUCAAGACAGACUUCUUUAAACCUUCUGAUUUACUGAAAUACGCCUGCUUUAUGAAACACCCCUCUGGACAUAAUCAUAGAUGUACGUGGGACCCGAGUCCUCACACAUGUCUUCCUUGUCUCCUCCAACCUGCUCGUUCGUCACUGCAGCCGCUCAGAUCCUCCCACGUCAAACUCAGUGAUGUCACGCUGUCCCAUUCUCACAACCAAACAUUAGCUUGCAGAUUUUGUAAACUGUCUUAAGUCUACGCUGAGCAACAUUUGUGCUGAAGUUACUGUGAUCAACGACAACCACUUGUUGUCAUGUUGUUGUUUUGUUUUUUCUAAUAAUGCCCAAUGGAUUUUCUCUUUGUAUUGACUGGACAAUGUAAUCUAUUGGUGUUAAAAUGCCCUGGUAGCUUGUGGAUUGCUUAAGUGGUCAGAUAAAUGUACUGUAUAGCUGUACAAAGAGUGAUACAAGAUGUUUUAAACCUUUCUUUUCUCUGGGUACAGCACCGUUAAAAAAGAAAAAAAAUCAAAGUGGUUUUAGCCUUUGCUCGUUUUAACUUAUCAUUUGGUGGUGGUCUGUAUUACUUCUAUUGUUAUUUAUAUUAUUUCAAUUGUUGCCUCUCCUGCACUGAUAAGAGACUGUAGCUCUGUGCAGGAGGUUGUACUGUAAACCUGUGUGAAGCUUUGUAUCCCCCCCCUCUGGUUUUGGACUCAGUGAAAGUGUGAUGUUUACAUGUACAGUUUUUCAGAAUACAUUUGUGUUUUAUUCAGGCUAUAUUUUUCUUUUCCUCACCUGCACCCCAAAUCUGUGUACAUUUGCCCAGAUAUUUCCCUUUUUGUUGUUUCAUCGCAUCAAAGUGCAGACGUGCACCUCUUUGACUUCUUGGUCACGCGGUCAUGAAGUGUGCCAUCGGGUCGGCUCGAUGUUGUGGUGGCUUUCAGCAUUAAAAUAGAAAAGGUAAAUCUUAAGUAAACGGGAGCUUCACAACUUCUCAAAGUGGACCAGCAAAGACUUAUUAAGGAUCAACUUUAAUCACCUGUUUUAGAAUACUAUUGUGGCCUAAAUGGAGAUCGGUGGGGUGUAGGUACAUUUAUUAUACUACAUUAAGUGCUCAGAACCUUUUAAUAUCCUGGCCGUAUUUUCAGGGAAAAGUCCUUAAUCCGACUGGUACCCUGAAAGGUACACUUUGACCUGUUGUAAUAUCUCCUUGGUAACAUAAAGCCAUUCCCCUCUCCUGGCCUUUUUUUAAGGGGAACCCAUAAACCUCAGGAAAUACUGAAUCUCCAAGUUUAGUUUUUAUCCAGUGAUUUCUUCUGAAAUGAGAUUUAAAUCUCAAAAAGAAAACCAUUAACAUUUAUACGAGAUGUCUAUUGUUUUGUACAUUCGUCAUUGUGAUUUAAAAGUGGAACUUUUUCCAGUACCUGUGACCUAAUAGUUUGAUUUUUUUUGGGAGUGUUUAUAGGUAUGGAUAUUUAUUAUUAUAUGUGAAACAAAAAGACAAAAGAAAAGGUUGAACCUGUUUCAUUUGUAUGUGUGUUUCAUGCAAAAAUGUCCAGGUGAGAUUCUCUCUGCCUAUUACAUAUCACUGAUGAGGGACCUGUGUUUGUUUGGAAAUAGCGCUUUUUCAGUGUUGCAUCAACGCUAUGAAAAAAAGAAAAAGAAGAAAAAAAAACACACACCAGUGGUUUUACCAACAGCAGAGCUCCAAGGCGCUCCUCUUCUCCUGAGAUGUCAGUAAUUGAAUAAAACAGUUCGA